AUUUGUUUAGGUACGCUAUCUCUUGUAAGGUAUCUGGUGUCAGUACAAACUUUAACGUGUUGAAGAAUGGUCUUAUUUUGUAAGUUUCCUUCUGUAAUUAAUUGAUACGGGUUAGAUUUAAACCACAGGAAAUGGACACACCCAUUCCAGAGUGGAUAAAUGAACCCUUUCUAGAAGCUAUUCUUCAAGGAGAGGAAAGUCAGGAGCCCAUUAUAUCAAUCGUCAAGUUCUUCGUGAGGCCAGCUGUGCCUCCUGGUCACAACUACCUAAGUUAUAUCUACAGAGUCAAAGUACAUUACAAAGCUACUAACUCACAAAAUCUGCUUUCAUUUUCAUUUAUUGUGAAAAUACCGGUAAAAGAAGGUUUCUUUAGUACGAUAUCCAUGAAGGGAGAUUUAUAUCAGAAAGAGAUACAAAUAUAUAAUACGUUUUUUCCAAAGUUUUAUGAAAAAUUAAAAUUUCAAUUGGCACCGAAAUCAUUCAAAAGUCCAACUGAGAGCACCUUAAUCCUUAAAGAUCUCAUGGAAGAUGGCUACAAAAUGUGUGAUAAGUUAAAAAAUCUUGAUUUCAAGUACUGUAAACAUGUAGUUGUCACCAUAGCGAAGUGUCAUGCCACCUCUGUUUCCCUGCACCGUGAGGAGCCAAGCAUUGUCGAAAAUAUGGGGAAAGAAGUUCUAUUUAAUGAAAAUAUGAUGAGUGUUCUGAAAACAGUAUUAGAAUAUUGCGUGAAAACUGUUGCAAGGAUUGCCAAAGAAACUUAUGGACAUGGAGAUCUUGCAGAGUUUCUCCUAAGAAACCUUGAGAAUCUUUGGGAGUCAAUUGUGGACAUUCAUAGAACGAAAGAUGAAGGUUUGAAUGUUUUAAACCAUGGAGAUUUGUGGAUUAAUAACAUGCUCUUCAAGACUAAUGAUUUCGGAGAAAUAUUGGACGUGAAGUUCAUAGACUUUCAAUUCUCAAGAUACAGUUCUCCAGUACUCGAUCUUCUGUUCUUUUUCUGGAGCAGUGCUGAUGAAGUAGUGAGGGCUUACAGAUUACAAGAUCUCUGUAAGGUUUAUCUUCAGACAUUGAACAAUUCUUUGCGGGAUCUCGGCUGCAUGGAGAGAUUGACAUUAGAAGAACUAAAUCAUGGUUUCAAAUCUUCCAGCGAUCUUUUCAUUUUCAUCCUUUGUCAGCUGAUGCCAGCAAUGUUUUCUGACACGGAGGAUGACUAUGAUUUUGGAGAUGUGGAAUUUCGCUCUGAGGAUAAUUCAGUCCUUGAGUAUAGUGAUUUCUUAGAAGCAAAGUUAAAGGGAAAACAUUACUGGAAACAGUUUCCAACCAUUAUAAGGCAGUUUCAGCAUUGGGUGUUAAACUUGUAGGGAUGUGCAAUUUAGCUUAAAGCAUAUAAUACCAGUAGUCAAUCAAAUGUAUUUGUACUUUUCUCCAGAACUAAAGUUUUAUAUCAAAUAUAUUUUACCAAGAAUCUCACCAUUGCUCAGCUCUUAAUCAGGGCAAAUUUAUAGACUAUGCAAAAAACUAUAGACUGUGCAGCAACUCCUUUUGGUAAGGAAGUUACCAAUGAACACCACUACUGGUGAAUGUAUUUUGCAGAAGAGUUAAUACAGUUGUGUUUUAAAUCUUAUGAUUUAAAACCCAAGUCUGUAAAUAUAAAUUUGUGAACUUUAUCAUAAAAAUACUUACCGUCUUUAAAUAUUAUAGAAACAUAGUGCAAUAAUGAAUACAUACAUAGUUAGAUGUCUGUCUCGGUGUAUGGAAUAAAAUUAGGUGAAUUAUAACAAAACCUGAAUUAUAACAAAACGUGAUCCAUGUGAAACAUUCAUAAUGUAUAAGCGCUAUUCUCACGUUUAGAUACAGGAAGUUAACUAAUGUUUCCAUAGGGGGAAGCCCUAAACACAACAUUACGUGUGUGUGUGUGUGUGUGUGUGUGUGUGUGUGUUGUAACGCUUCCUGAGAAUAAUCUAUCAAAUCAGUGAGCCCACAAGCGUAAGACCACAAACUGAUAAUGAGUUGACUUCUCAAGUUAUAAUGUCCUUAGAUAUAUCUGUAUAGUACGAGUUACCUCAUCCAUGCACUCAGGGUCCUAACCACGGAAGUUAUAAUUCAAAGAGGACAAGUUUACAACAUUUCUGCAGCUGACUGGUCUUUAUGCGGUCUCUAAGAGUAAAAAGUGGGUUUAGGACACUCAAAACUGACCGUUUGUGUCAACUUCUAGAAAUAAUGCAAUAUCCUUAUGUUUAAGUAUAUAAUUAUGGUUCUUAAUUACAUUUGUUUGAUUGCACUUUACAAGGCUAAAAGUAAAUAAACUGUUGAAUUACUCAUCAAGAGCAAUGUACAAGAACUCGUCUUAGAAACUGUGUGAAAAUUUUAAGUAAAUACUUAUCAAUAAAAAAUAAGUGUUAUUGAACAUUUUAAAAGUUGAUAUAGUGUUAUUGUAUCAAUGUAUUUGUUGUAAAGGUAAAGCUGAAAUUUAUGUAACUGUUGCAGAGAAAUUAAAAUAAAAAAGUUUAUUAUAUAUGA